CUCUCCUCCUCUCGCUCUCUCGUUCGCUCUCUCCCUUUUGUGAGUUAUAGCAACCGUUGCCUUGUGAAUCAAGCGCCAUAGUCACCGUAGUCCUGGCGACUGUUACCCAUCAACAACAACGGCUCCUUUCCUCCUUCACCACCAUCACCACCUCCUCCUGCUGCUGCUGCUCCUCCUCACCCCCAGCCUCACCCCCAUCCUCAUCAUCACCCACAACAACAACCUCCAGCAGCAAGAGCAACACCAUCACCACUACCACAGCCCUCCACAGCCCAGCAACAAGAAUGCAGACAUCAGAGACUGGGUCGGAUACAGGUUCGACGGUUACUUUGCAGACGUCCGUAGCUAGCCAAGCAGCUGUACCUACCCAGGUGGUACAGCAGUUACCAGUACAACAACAGGUUCAACAAGUACAAACUGUGCAACAAGUGCAACAUGUAUAUCCAGCCCAGGUGCAGUAUGUGGAGGGAAGUGACACGGUCUACACAAAUGGAGCUAUACGAACAACAACGUAUCCUUACACAGAAACUCAGAUGUACAGCCAAAACACUGGGGGGAAUUACUUUGAUACCCAAGGAAGUUCUGCGCAGGUGACCACAGUAGUCUCUUCUCAUAGUAUGGUGGGCACUGGAGGCCUUCAGAUGGGUGUCACAGGAGGACAGCUCAUCAGCAGCACUGGAGGUACCUACCUGAUUGGCAAUUCAAUGGAAAACUCUGGCCAUUCUGUUACUCACACAACACGAGCAUCCCCUGCUACAAUUGAAAUGGCGAUUGAGACACUGCAAAAGUCUGAUGGUCUGUCCACUCACAGAAGCUCUCUUCUCAACAGCCAUCUUCAAUGGCUUUUAGACAACUAUGAAACAGCAGAAGGGGUGAGCCUUCCCAGAAGCACUCUCUACAACCAUUACCUGCGACACUGUCAGGAGCAUAAAUUGGACCCUGUCAAUGCUGCUUCUUUUGGAAAACUAAUACGGUCAAUUUUCAUGGGCCUACGGACCAGAAGAUUGGGAACCAGGGGGAAUUCCAAAUAUCAUUACUAUGGGAUUCGUGUCAAGCCAGACUCUCCUCUUAAUCGACUACAAGAGGACAUGCAAUAUAUGGCUAUGAGACAACAACCCAUGCAGCAGAAACAAAGGUACAAACCUAUGCAGAAAGUGGAUGGAGUCUCAGAUGGUUUUACAACAAGUGGUCAGCAAACAGGCACAUCUGUUGAACAAACUGUGAUAGCUCAAAGUCAGCAUCAUCAACAAUUUUUAGAUGCAUCUCGAGCACUUCCAGAGUUUGGAGAAGUUGAAAUCUCUUCGCUGCCAGAUGGUACUACUUUUGAGGAUAUUAAGUCUUUACAGAGUCUCUAUCGAGAACACUGUGAGGCAAUAUUGGAUGUUGUAGUGAACCUUCAGUUUAGCCUAAUAGAAAAAUUGUGGCAGACUUUUUGGCGCUAUUCUCCCUCAACCACAACUGAUGGCACUACUAUCACUGAGCCAAGCAAUCUGAGUGAAAUAGAAAGUCGACUUCCGAAAGCAAAGCUGAUAACUCUGUGCAAAAAUGAGUCAAUUCUGAAAUGGAUGUGUAACUGUGACCAUGUGAUGUACCAGGCUUUGGUGGAGAUUCUCAUUCCUGACGUCCUUAGACCUAUUCCUAGUGCCUUGACCCAAGCCAUUCGCAAUUUUGCAAAAAGCCUUGAAGGUUGGCUUUCCAAUGCCAUGAACAAUAUUCCCCAGAGAAUGAUUCAAACCAAGGUUGCCGCUGUAAGUGCCUUUGCUCAGACUCUGCGAAGAUACACAUCUCUUAAUCAUCUGGCUCAGGCAGCCCGAGCUGUCUUGCAAAACACUUCUCAGAUUAACCAGAUGCUCAAUGACCUCAAUCGUGUUGAUUUUGCCAAUGUCCAGGAGCAGGCUUCCUGGGUGUGCCAGUGUGAUGACAACAUGGUACAACGGUUAGAAACAGAUUUCAAGAUGACUCUUCAGCAGCAGAGCACUCUGGAGCAGUGGGCUGCCUGGCUUGACAAUGUAAUGAUGCAAGCACUGAAACCAUAUGAAGGAAGACCUAGUUUUCCUAAAGCAGCACGCCAAUUUCUGUUAAAGUGGUCUUUCUACAGCUCAAUGGUGAUUCGAGAUUUAACUCUACGCAGUGCUGCUAGCUUUGGUUCUUUUCAUCUGAUCCGUCUGUUAUAUGAUGAAUAUAUGUUUUACUUAGUUGAACAUCGAGUUGCUCAAGCCACAGGAGAGACACCUAUUGCAGUCAUGGGAGAGUUUGGUGAUUUAAAUGCUGCGUCUCCUGGGACCAUGGACAAAGAUGAAGGCAGUGAAGUUGAAAGUGAAAUAGAUGAAGAGCUGGAUGACUCUGGAGAACCUCAAGCCAAGCGAGAGAAGACUGAAAUUAGCCAGGCCUUUCAGGUGGGCUGCCUGCAACCGGUACUUGAGACUGGAGUACAGCAGAACCUUUUGAACCCUCUUCACAAUGAGCACAUUGUCACAGCUACUCAAACGAUCAGACAGUGUAGUGCGACUGGAAAUACAUAUACUGCGGUCUAACAAAUAUUUAAAGUUCUUUUUUCAGAUUGUAUUAGCCCUCUUGAUGUUGGGCAUAUCAUAGGGGAUGGAAGGGAUGCAAAAAAAAAAAAAAGAUUUCUGAAAGUCGACUAUUGUCAAAUUUUAUCUGUACUUUUGCUGGAGUUGUGAAAUGGAAUGGGUCUAUGUAUUUGGUCAGAUUUGGGGUGGGGUGGGGAAGGUAAAUACAAUCAUUUUACACUGGCCGCUUAAUAUAAAAAAAUUUGUUAGUUUCAAAAGUCAAGAAGCAUUUUUGCGAAGAUUAAUGUUAAUGUUUUUGUCCUCUUUAUAAUUAAAAGUAAUUUAAUUUUUUUCAUAGUUUUUACAAAAUAUUUUAAUGUUAACUGUUAGUCAUGGUGAUUUCGUAUAAAUAGGAUUUUUAAUUAAUUGCACUCUGAAAUAUCAAGAAUUUUCCUCUUUGAUUUACACUGGAGGUACGCUCGUUUGAUAGCAGCUGCGUUAGAAUUAUUAUUAAAAGGCAGCUUUCGUUGGAGAAAACUGGAAAAUAACUAUUUUGAUACAUUUCAGAGUGCUCAACAGAUAUAUUGGAAGAUUUAUUAUAAUUCUAGAGAACAUAGAUUGUCUUCUUUCUCAGAGGAAGAGUGAUUCUCACUGUUUGCAGGAUAAAUGAGAGCUCUGAUAGCACAUGGUAAUGUGUACUUAAUAAAGGUACAGAUGAUACCAUUAUGGACAAUUCAAGCUUCCUUAAAUCAGUUUCAAAUUUUGGGAUACUAGCUCCUCUCUCAUAAGACUACUGAUUUCAGGUACAUUCUGCCCAAAAACUGACUCUGUGCAAACCUCCAUUCAUUUUAAUUAGAGUUUUACAAGAUUAGUAUCUUCGAUUUCCAGUGAGAAUGUGACCAUCUUUGAAUGAGUGGAGGUCAUGUUACAGAAGCAUUUACUGGGUUCUGCACCUCAUAUACAUAUGGGACCACUACCCAGAUGCUUUCUGCUCUUCAGUGGGGACGUUGGCUACUGAAGUUUUUUUUUUAAAAAGCAUCUUGAUUCCUUCUUUAAAGUGUAUGUGCUACUUAUGCUGAACUGGACAUGCAGGAAAUCAUUCCUUUCAGAUGACUUUUUAAUUCUAUGUCCUUUUCCUCAUGAUAGUUCAACCUGCUGCUCUUGUUAAAGAUAGUUUAUAGGAUGCAAGGAAUGUAGCAACCUGCAUUGUAAUUUUGCUCAGAAUAAUUCCUGGUUCUUAAGUGGAUUUCAUUUUAUAUAAAAUGUUUUAAAGGCAGUGAAACUGGCACAUGUCACUUGUACUUAUUUCCCAAUUGCGUAGAAUUUGAAUAGGUGGCUAGAUGGACCAUUGCCAUUUAAGAAUGUACAUCAGGGAUCAUUGUACCUCGGCUAUUACAUGGUGCCUUAAACAGAACUGAAGCUAAGAUUUUCUUGUUAAUAACUCUUACAUUGAUUCAACAAAGUGUGCCUGUCUUCUUUCUUUCUUCUUUCUUCCCCUCUUUCCUUCAGAUUCCCUAAACAGUAAGGGCAGGUUACAUACUUCAGAUAUCAAGAUUUUUUUAAAAAAGAAAAUUAGAUAUACUAUCCCUCUUAGAGUGACAGCCUUUUUCUUUCUUAUUUAUAGCUGAACUUCACUUUAUUACUAAUCAGAUGUUCUGGGGUGGGGUGGGAUUGGGGGAAAACGGUGGAAAACAAACUAGCUUUAACAGUGUCAAAGGUCAACAGAAUAGAUUAGCUAAUUCCCAGACAAGAAUUUAUAUACUUAUAUAUAAAUAUAUAUGCAUAUAUAUAUAUUUCUAAACCCUUAUCUACUUUUAAUUUCAAAAAGUAACGUAAGCAACAUUUUUAAAAAAGCAGCGUAUAGUUUCAAUAGUGCAUAUGGUGAUGGGGGGGUCAGUCUGCUAUUUUAUUUAAUGGUUCAUUCAUAGUAUAUGUUGUUUCCCUUUUAUUCUCAUGAAGCUGUUCUAGUUAGAAUGCAUUACACAUUUUAUUGGUUUAAAAGACAUGUGAUUUUCCUUAGUUUGACCAAAACAAACCAAAAAUGAAGGAAAGCACAAAGAAGAUUUACAGGUUUUAUAGCAAGACCUAUAUAAAAUAUUAGUGUCUUGUUUAUUGUUUGUUUGAAAGACAAUUUUCAAGAUUAUCACCAAAUGCUUGAACAGCAGGUGGAAUUUUUGAUAUAUUUUUAGUAUACAGGUUGCAUCCUUGAUUUUACGUAUAUCAAGAAUACCUAAAUAUUUACUAUUUUUUUUUAUUUGACUAUUUCUACUUCAAAACUAAGCUUUAAGAAUUGCUUAGAAUUGCAAAAUUGGGCCGAACUAGGUAUUGUGCCUAGUAAUUCCUGCCAUUUGGUUAAACAUGCUGAUACAUUUCAUUAUAAUUUUGUUCUUUCUGCUAUUGGAAUAUGUUCUUAUUUUUCCCCAUCAAAAUCCAUCACAUCUACACCCCACACCAAUUUUUUAAAAACUAAGCUGUGAUAGUUCCUCCCUCUCAUUGUGCAUUAUGAAAUGUUUACACUUAAAUACAGUAAAAUUAAAUGUAGAAACAAAGAAACACUUUUCAGCAUCUUUUUUGAGUGUCUAUUAAAGUUCUAUGUUAAAUAUGAUUUAUUUACUGAUACUAUCCUUCAUGGAUGACAAACCUGUGUUUCUGUAUCACUAUCUUCUUUUGUCCUGAAUACUGGAAUUUGUUCAUGCAGAAAAAUGAAAAUGAUGCAAAUUUACUUUUCUGAGAGAGACAGGGCUAUAAAUUUUUAUGAUAGAUUUUCCAGACCACUCCCCUUCUAGUUGAUCACUGUAUUCAAUGUGCCAAAAAGAUUGAUAUUUAUUGUUAUCUAACAUCAUAUCCUGGAAUUCUGGUCUGCUGUGGACCAUACAGACAAUGAAACUUCACAACCUAUCAGUGUCCAAAAUAUAUUCCGAAAUGCUCCAAUAAGUCAGCAACACAGAUAACAAAAAAUAUUAGAAGAGCUUCUGUUAAUCAUGAAUCAGAAUAAUCAUUGUUCAUGUGCAUCUUUGUCCCUGAAUAUUUUUAAAAUAUUUUUUGUCUAGUAAGAAUUAUAAAUCAAAAUGGCCAACUGACUUGCAUUAUCUUCAGAAGCUCUUCAAUAUAAACCAGCUCACUUUAGAUAGCAUUCUGACACUGUACUACUUGUGCCUAUGUGUUAUAUACAUUUUUCAAAAUGAAAUGUAUGAGGGCUGGGAUUCAGAUAAUCCCAUGCAAAUGCCCUAGUGUUCUGUACAAAUACCAGGGCUUCCCCAAAUUUUUCUUCUCGUUGCAGCUUCUUUGUACUUGAUAUGCCAUGCCAGACAGUUUUCACUGAAGGUUCCGUAAAUGGUUUCACAUUAUGCCAUGAAUCCAGUAUGAUCUUAAUAAUCAAGGAAUAUGUACUCAUCAAAAAAAAAUGAGGAAUAGCUUAAUUGAAGCACUUUGGGGAACAUUGCAAGAAAAUGAACUAAUAAUAUUUGAGAACAAUUUGUCUUAAAAAGUUGUUUUAAAUACUAUUUUUUUAAAUUAAUUAAGACUUUUUGGCUCUUGAACAAGUAAUGCAGUGAUCAAUACUGAUAAUUCUAUUGAAAAUUUGUAUUCAGAAACGGGGCCCAGUUUUCAUAAUCUCUUCAGGAAUGCAAAAUCUUUGGUGCUGUCACCUUAAUCUUUUUGUCCUGUCCUGCAUUUUUUUUUCUUUGUACUUAUUUUUGUAUUAUGACAUGUAAUUAUAACAAUACUUUAGAAAUCAUUUAUCCAUUAAAAAAAUCUACAGUACUGCUGUGCAAUGUGACCACAUUUGGUUCACAAUGGAUGAUAGCAAUUGAAACAGUACUGAGGAUGUAUAGGUCUACAUAUAAUUUCUUUAAUUUAAAAACGAGGUAUUCACAAACAUUAGAAACACUUUUUUCAAAUGAUUUCUCAGCAAAAUAUGAAAUCAUUUCAUAGAUUUGACAGGCCAAAUAACACUAUGUAACACUUUGAGAACACUUAAUGCUGAUUUGUGAAAGCAGUACCAGUUUUUGAAAACUGGGCCCUCAUUCUUGCAUUACAGGUCAGUCUCUGUGUAUAUGGUUUAAAGGAAAAGGAAUUCUAGUAUUGUUGCUAGGUUAUUUGUUAGUGACUAAAAAAAACUGGAACAGAAGCAUAAAUUCAAUGCUUAGUUCUAGUAUUAGAACAUUCUUUUGAUGGUAAUGCCUUGAAUUAACCCUUUGAGCAUUGUAAGUAAAUAUAAUUGAUGUGAAUCUCUAAGAGUCUUGAGAUCAUUUGAGCGCACAAUGCCCGCUCCCCAGAACAGAUUCAGUAUAUAGGUCUGAUUUUCAAAGAAACCCAAGGAUUUGUGCUUCACCCAGAGACCACUGACUACCUCCCCUUCCAUAAAACAACAUAUUAUUUCCCUGUAUAAUCUGAAUGUAAAUGUGAACCAUCCUAGGCAUUAUCUAUUAAGGAUUCCUGUGUUUUGAUUUCCUUGCAAACACUCAGCAUUAAAUACUUUGAGGUAGGCAUCUGAGUUUAAUUUAUUCACUGCCAUUUUACCAGGAGUAGGGAACAUAUGCUUGUUCACAGGUAGCUGAGCCACAAUAUCUGACAUCCCUCACCAUUGGUCUGGAUGGCCAAAUGUGUGGGAGCUGUUGUGCAGCAACAUCUGGAAGCCCAAAGGAUUCCUUCCCCUAAUAUGUACUGCCUAUAAAAGCAAGUAUUUCUACCAUUAUAGGUUUUUUGAUCCAAGAUGUUGGCUUUGAAAACAUUUCACAAUUAAAUGUUUGUUUAAAAAUUAUUUCCAGGUAGUUGAGAAAUCAUUAGUUAGUGUCAAAAGAUGUAAAUAUAACCUGUAUGUCAAAGACUUGAACUUUGGAGUUAAACCAUUGUUAUCUACCACCAUCCACUGGAUGUUGCCAAGGACUGCAGUCUAAAGGACGUGUAUGUAUCCAUAGUCACAAAAUUGUCUGGACUUGGAAGUGAAUUAGAUACUCCAUUGCAAAACUCUCUGCAACUGAAAGGCAAGUUAUGUCUUGCCUUUCAAAUGGCAUGAGAACCUCUAGUAAGGUUCUCAUGCUAUUUGUGUGUACGCAGACAGGCUUACCACUACACAUGCAACUGUUGAAUCGUACUUUUAUUUUAGCAUAAUCUACCACUUCCAAGUUUAUUAUUGAACAUAGACAAGGAUGUUUUUAUGGAAUUCUAGAUUUAAGGCAGUGUUCGGGUUGAGAUAAGCCACAAGUGAUAUAGUGGAUUUUUAAAACAUAUAAGAAUUAGGCCUACAUCAAACCAUUUUCUAGAUCAGAUUUGGAGCCAACCAAGACAGAAACUGCCUACAAGUUAUGUAUGCUACCCCAAAUUAGGCUGAACAAAACUUCUGGUUUUGCUGCCUGCCCAGGAUUAUUGCAGUUGUGUAAAUUGACAAGUAGCAACUCCUAGAUCACAACUGUGCAUUUGAUUUGGUGGGUCUCAAGUUGUGUAAGUUUAGAAUGCAGAUGCUAUGGUACAGCAUUCAAGUGCAUUGAUCCCAAGCAGUUAACAGUAAACGAUCCAUGCUCCCGCUAUGUUUAUUUUAAAGACACUGGACAU